AAUGUAUUUCUAAAAGGGGCCAUUUGGGCGGUGUCCUCUUUUCCCAGCGCCCUGAUUUCUAUUCUUAGAUCUGGAGAUAGGCGGCUUUCAUUUUUCCUGCUCCCGGUUCCCAGACCUUCUGUGGGGCCGCAGGAUCCCCGGCUGGCGGGUCGCGGAGGGUGGCCGGCCGGGCUGCGCACUGCGCGCCUCCGCUGCGGGGCUCCGGGCCUGGGGACUUGGCGGAGUCCGCUGAGUCAGUUUCUUCGUGCGCGACUCCCGGCCGCGCCGCCGCUGGGGUGGAAUCUGGUCCCAGGAGGCGGCGCCCGCCCGGGGUCCGGUCUAGGCGUGCGUGGGGGCCACGGUCACGGUCACCCAGGCCAGGCCCGGCUCCAGCAGCCCCACGGCCGCCGCCAGAGUUCUGCGCGGCCCGUCGCCUCGGCGGAGCCUCUGGCAGGCCCCUGAGCUCGUUUCUGGGGCCUGAGUGGGGGAGGAGGAAGCCGAGCAGGAGGGCUCCGGAGAGGGAGGGCAACGCGGGGCGGGGAGCCGCCGCCUUCCUCAUAAACAGGCGGGCGUGGGCGCCGAUGGGGCCCGCGGGGAGCGCUGGCUACGGGCGGUGAACUGAGCUCGCCCCCGGGGAGCUGUUGCCGGCGCCCCUGCCGGUUCCCUGAGCAGCGGACGUUCAUGCUGGGAGGGCGGCGGGUUGGAAGCAGGUGCCACCAUGGCUAGUGGCAGCUGUCAGGGGUGCGAGGAGGACGAGGAAACUCUGAAGAAGUUGAUAGUCAGGCUGAACAAUGUCCAGGAAGGAAAACAGAUAGAAACGCUGGUCCAAAUCCUGGAGGAUCUGCUGGUGUUCACGUACUCCGAGCACGCCUCCAAGUUAUUUCAAGGCAAAAAUAUCCAUGUGCCUCUGUUGAUCGUCUUGGACUCCUAUAUGAGAGUCGCGAGUGUGCAGCAGGUGGGUUGGUCACUUCUGUGCAAAUUAAUAGAAAUCUGUCCAGGUACAAUGCAAAGCUUAAUGGGACCCCAGGAUGUUGGAAAUGAUUGGGAAGUCCUUGGUGUUCACCAAUUGAUUCUUAAAAUGCUAACAGUUCAUAAUGCCAGUGUAAACUUGUCAGUGAUUGGACUGAAGACCUUAGAUCUCCUCCUAACUUCAGGUAAAAUCACCUUGCUGAUAUUGGAUGAAGAAAGUGAUAUUUUCAUGUUAAUUUUUGAUGCCAUGCACUCAUUUCCAGCCAAUGAUGAAGUCCAGAAACUUGGAUGCAAAGCUUUACAUGUGCUGUUUGAGAGAGUCUCAGAGGAGCAACUGACUGAAUUUGUUGAGAACAAAGAUUAUAUGAUAUUGUUAAGUGCGUUAACAAAUUUUAAAGAUGAAGAGGAAAUUGUGCUUCAUGUGCUGCAUUGUUUACAUUCCCUAGCGAUUCCUUGCAAUAAUGUGGAAGUCCUCAUGAGUGGCAAUGUCAGGUGUUAUAAUAUUGUGGUGGAAGCUAUGAAAGCAUUCCCUAUCAGUGAAAAAAUUCAAGAAGUGAGUUGCUGUUUGCUCCAUAGGCUUACAUUAGGUAAUUUUUUCAAUAUCCUGGUAUUAAAUGAAGUCCAUGAGUUUGUGGUGAAAGCUGUGCAGCAGUAUCCAGAGAAUGCAGCAUUACAGAUCUCAGCGCUCAGCUGUUUGGCCCUCCUCACUGAGACUAUUUUCCUAAAUCAAGAUUUAGAGGAAAAGAAUGAGAAUCAAGAGAAUGAUGAUGAGGGGGAAGAAGAUAAAUUGUUUUGGCUGGAAGCCUGUUACAAAGCAUUAACGUGGCAUAGAAAGAACAAGCACGUGCAGGAGGCCGCAUGCUGGGCACUAAAUAAUCUCCUUAUGUACCAAAACAGUUUACAUGAGAAGAUUGGAGAUGAAGAUGGCCAUUUCCCAGCUCAUAGGGAAGUGAUGCUCUCCAUGCUGAUGCAUUCUUCAUCAAAGGAAGUUUUCCAGGCAUCUGCGAAUGCAUUGUCAACUCUCUUAGAACAAAAUGUUAAUUUCAGAAAAAUACUGUUAUCAAAAGGAAUACACCUGAAUGUUUUGGAGUUAAUGCAGAAGCAUAUACAUUCUCCUGAAGUGGCUGAAAGUGGCUGUAAAAUGCUAAAUCAUCUUUUUGAAGGAAGCAACACUUCCCUGGAUAUAAUGGCAGCAGUGGUCCCCAAAAUAAUAACAGUUAUGAAACAUCAUGAGACAUCAUUACCAGUGCAGCUGGAGGCGCUUCGAGCUAUUUUACAUUUUAUAGUGCCUGGCAUGCCAGAAGAAUCCAGGGAGGAUACAGAAUCUCAUCGUAAGCUAAAUAUGGUUAAAAAACAGUGUUUCAAGAAUGAUAUUCACAAACUGGUCCUAGCAGCUUUGAACAGGUUCAUUGGAAAUCCUGGGAUUCAGAAAUGUGGAUUAAAAGUAAUUUCUUCUAUUGCACAUUUUCCUGAUGCAUUAGAGAUGUUAUCCCUGGAAGGUGCUAUGGAUUCAGUGCUUCACACACUGCAGAUGUAUCCAGAUGACCAAGAAAUUCAGUGUCUGGGUUUAAGUCUUAUAGGAUACUUGAUUACAAAGAAGAAUUUAUGCGUAGGAACUGGACAUCUGCUGGCAAAAAUUCUGGUUUCCAGCUUAUACCGAUUUAAGGAUGUUGCUGAAGUACAGACUAAAGGAUUUCAGACAAUCUUAGCAAUCCUCAAAUUGUCAGCAUCUUUUUCUAAGCUGCUGGUGCAUCAUUCAUUUGACUUAGUAAUAUUCCAUCAGAUGUCUUCCAAUAUCAUGGAACAAAAGGAUCAACAGUUUCUAAACCUCUGUUGCAAGUGUUUUGCAAAAGUAGCUAUGGAUGAUGACUUAAAAAAUGUGAUGCUAGAGAGAGCGUGUGAUCAGAAUAACAGCAUCAUGGUUGAAUGCUUGCUUCUGUUGGGAGCAGAUGCCAAUCAAGCAAAGGAGGGAUCUUCUUUAAUUUGUCAGGUAUGUGAGAAAGAGAGCAGUCCCAAAUUGGUGGAACUCUUACUGAGUAGUGGAUCUCGUGAACAAGAUGUACGAAAAGCGCUGACGAUAAGCAUUGGGAAAGGUGACAGCCAGAUCAUCAGCUUGCUCUUAAGGAGGCUGGCCCUGGAUGUGGCCAACAAUAGCAUUUGCCUUGGAGGAUUUUGUAUAGGAAAAGUUGAACCUUCUUGGCUUGGUCCUUUAUUUCCAGAUAAGACUUCUAAUUUAAGGAAACAAACAAAUAUAGCAUCUACACUAGCAAGAAUGGUGAUCAGAUAUCAGAUGAAAAGUGCUGUGGAAGAAGGAACAGCCUCAGGCAGCGAUGGAAAUUUUUCUGAAGAUAUGCUGUCUAAAUUUGAUGAAUGGACCUUUAUUCCUGACUCUUCUAUGGACAGUGUGUUUGCUCAAAGUGAUGACCUGGACAGUGAAGGAAGUGAAGGCUCAUUUCUUGUGAAAAAGAAAUCUAAUUCAAUUAGUGUAGGAGAAUUUUACCGAGAUGCCGUAUUACAGCGUUGCUCACCAAAUUUGCAAAGACAUUCCAAUUCCUUGGGGCCCAUUUUUGAUCAUGAAGAUUUACUGAGGCGAAAAAGAAAAAUAUUAUCUUCAGAUGAUUCACUCAGGUCAUCAAAACUUCAAUCCCAUAUGAGGCAUUCAGACAGCAUUUCUUCUCUGGCUUCUGAGAGAGAAUAUAUUACAUCACUAGACCUUUCAGCAAAUGAACUAAGAGAUAUUGAUGCCUUAAGCCAGAAAUGCUGUAUAAGUGGUCAUUUGGAGCAUCUUGAAAAGCUGGAGCUUCACCAGAAUGCACUCACGAGCUUUCCACAACAGCUAUGUGAAACUCUGAAGAGCUUGACACAUUUGGACUUGCACAGUAAUAAAUUUACAUCAUUUCCUUCUUACUUGUUGAAAAUGAAUUGUAUUGCUAACCUUGAUGUCUCUCGAAAUGACAUUGGACCCUCAGUGGUUUUAGAUCCUACAGUGAAAUGUCCAACUCUGAAACAGUUUAACCUGUCAUAUAACCAGCUGUCUUUUGUACCUGAGAACCUCACUGAUGUGGUAGAGAAACUGGAGCAGCUCAUUUUAGAAGGAAAUAAAAUAUCAGGGAUAUGCUCCCCCUUGAGACUGAAGGAACUGAAGAUUUUAAACCUUAGUAAGAACCACAUUUCAUCCCUAUCAGAGAACUUUCUUGAGGCUUGUCCUAAAGUGGAGAGUUUCAGUGCCAGAAUGAAUUUUCUUGCUGCUAUGCCUUUCUUGCCUCCUUCCAUGACAAUCCUAAAAUUAUCUCAGAACAAAUUUUCAUGUAUUCCAGAAGCAAUUUUAAAUCUUCCACACUUGCGGUCUUUAGAUAUGAGCAGCAAUGAUAUUCAGUAUCUACCAGGUCCUGCACACUGGAAAUCUUUGAACUUAAGGGAACUCUUAUUUAACCAUAAUCAGAUCAGCAUCUUGGACUUGAGUGAAAAAGCAUAUUUAUGGUCUAGAGUAGAGAAACUGCAUCUUUCUCACAAUAAACUGAAAGAGAUUCCUCCUGAGAUUGGCUGUCUUGAAAAUCUGACAUCUCUGGAUGUCAGUUACAACUUGGAACUAAGAUCCUUUCCCAGUGAAAUGGGGAAAUUAAGCAAAAUAUGGGAUCUUCCUUUGGAUGAACUGCGUCUUAACUUUGAUUUUAAACAUAUAGGAUGUAAAGCCAAAGACAUCAUAAGGUUUCUUCAACAGCGGUUAAAAAAGGCUGUGCCUUAUAACCGAAUGAAACUUAUGAUUGUGGGAAAUACUGGGAGUGGUAAAACCACCUUAUUGCAGCAAUUAAUGAAAACCAAGAAAUCAGAUCUUGGAAUGCAAGGUGCCACAGUUGGCAUAGAUGUGAAAGACUGGCCUAUCCAAAUAAGAGGCAAAAGAAAGAGAGAUCUCGUCCUAAAUGUGUGGGAUUUUGCAGGUCGUGAGGAAUUCUACAGUACUCAUCCCCAUUUUAUGACGCAGCGAGCAUUGUACCUUGCUGUCUAUGACCUCAGCAAGGGACAGGCUGAGGUUGAUGCCAUGAAGCCUUGGCUCUUCAAUAUAAAGGCUCGCGCUUCUUCUUCCCCUGUGAUUCUUGUUGGCACACAUUUGGAUGUUUCUGAUGAGAAGCAACGCAAAGCCUGCAUAAGUAAAAUCACCAAGGAACUCCUGAAUAAGCGAGGGUUCCCUGCCAUACGAGAUUACCACUUUGUGAACGCCACCGAGGAAUCUGAUGCUUUGGCAAAACUUCGGAAAACCAUCAUAAACGAGAGCCUUAAUUUCAAGAUCCGAGAUCAGCUUGUUGUUGGACAGCUGAUUCCAGACUGCUAUGUAGAACUUGAGAAAAUCAUUUUAUCGGAGCGUAAAAACGUGCCAGUUGAAUUUCCUGUAAUUGACCAGAAACGAUUAUUACAACUAGUGAGAGAAAAUCAGCUGCAGUUAGAUGAAAAUGAACUUCCUCACGCAGUUCACUUUCUAAAUGAAUCAGGAGUCCUUCUUCAUUUUCAAGACCCAGCACUGCAGUUAAGUGACUUGUACUUUGUGGAACCCAAGUGGCUUUGUAAAAUCAUGGCACAGAUUUUGACAGUGAAAGUGGAAGGUUGUCCAAAACACCCUAAGGGAAUUAUUUCGCGUAGAGAUGUGGAAAAAUUUCUUUCAAAGAAAAGGAAAUUUCCAAAGAACUACAUGUCACAGUAUUUUAAGCUCCUAGAAAAAUUCCAGAUUGCUUUGCCAAUAGGAGAAGAAUAUUUGCUGGUUCCAAGCAGUUUGUCUGACCACAGGCCUGUGAUAGAGCUUCCCCAUUGUGAGAACUCUGAAAUUAUCAUCCGACUAUAUGAAAUGCCUUAUUUUCCAAUGGGAUUUUGGUCAAGAUUAAUCAAUCGGUUACUUGAGAUUUCACCUUACAUGCUUUCAGGGAGAGAACGAGCACUUCGCCCUAACAGAAUGUAUUGGCGACAAGGCAUUUACUUAAAUUGGUCUCCUGAAGCUUAUUGUCUGGUAGGAUCUGAAGUCUUAGACAAUCAUCCAGAGAGUUUCUUAAAAAUUACAGUUCCUUCUUGUAGAAAAGGCUGUAUUCUUUUGGGCCAAGUCGUGGACCACAUUGAUUCUCUCAUGGAAGAAUGGUUUCCUGGGUUGCUGGAGAUUGAUAUUUGUGGUGAAGGAGAAACUCUGUUGAAGAAAUGGGCAUUAUAUAGUUUUAAUGAUGGCGAAGAACAUCAAAAAAUCUUACUUGAUGACUUGAUGAAGAAAGCAGAGGAAGGAGAUCUCUUAGUAAAUCCAGAUCAACCAAGGCUCACCAUUCCAAUAUCUCAGAUUGCCCCUGACUUGAUUUUGGCUGACCUGCCUAGAAAUAUUAUGUUGAAUAAUGAUGAGUUGGAAUUUGAACAAGCUCCAGAGUUUCUCCUAGGUGAUGGCAGUUUUGGAUCAGUUUAUCGAGCAGCCUAUGAAGGAGAAGAAGUGGCUGUGAAGAUUUUUAAUAAACAUACAUCACUUAGGCUGUUAAGACAAGAGCUGGUGGUGCUUUGCCACCUCCACCACCCCAGUUUGAUAUCUUUGCUGGCAGCUGGGAUUCGUCCCCGGAUGUUGGUGAUGGAGUUAGCCUCCAAGGGUUCCUUGGAUCACCUGCUUCAGCAGGACAAAGCCAGCCUCACUAGAACCCUACAGCACAGGAUUGCACUCCAUGUAGCUGACGGUUUGAGAUACCUCCACUCAGCCAUGAUUAUAUACCGAGACUUGAAACCCCACAAUGUGCUGCUUUUCACCCUGUAUCCCAAUGCUGCCAUCAUUGCAAAGAUUGCUGACUACGGCAUUGCUCAGUACUGCUGUAGAAUGGGGAUAAAAACAUCAGAGGGCACACCAGGGUUUCGUGCACCUGAAGUUGCCAGAGGAAAUGUCAUUUAUAACCAACAGGCUGAUGUUUAUUCAUUUGGUUUACUACUCUAUGACAUUUUGACAACCGGAGGUAGAAUAGUAGAGGGUUUGAAGUUUCCAAAUGAGUUUGAUGAAUUAGCAAUACAAGGAAAAUUACCUGAUCCAGUUAAAGAAUAUGGUUGUGCCCCAUGGCCUAUGGUUGAGAAAUUAAUAAAAAAGUGUUUGAAAGAAAAUCCUCAAGAAAGGCCUACUUCUGCCCAGGUCUUUGACAUUUUGAAUUCAGCUGAAUUAGUCUGUCUGAUGAGACGCAUUUUAUUACCUAAAAAUGUAAUUGUUGAAUGCAUGGUUGCUACACAUCACAACAGCAGGAAUGCAAGCAUUUGGCUGGGCUGUGGGCACACCGACAGAGGACAGCUCUCAUUUCUUGACUUAAAUACUGAAGGAUACACUUCUGAGGAAGUUGCUGAUAGUAGAAUAUUGUGCUUAGCCUUGGUGCAUCUUCCUGUUGAAAAGGAAAGCUGGAUUGUGUCUGGGACACAGUCUGGUACUCUCCUGGUCAUCAAUACCGAAGAUGGGAAAAAGAGACAUACCCUGGAAAAGAUGACUGAUUCUGUCACUUGUUUGUAUUGCAAUUCCUUUUCCAAGCAAAGCAAACAAAAAAAUUUUCUUUUGGUUGGAACCGCUGAUGGCAAUUUAGCAAUUUUUGAAGAUAAGACUGUUAAGCUUAAAGGAGCUUCUCCUUUGAAGAUACUAAAUAUAGGAAAUGUCAGUACUCCAUUGAUGUGUUUGAGUGAAUCCACAAAUUCAACGGAAAGAAAUGUAAUGUGGGGAGGAUGUGGCACAAAGAUUUUCUCCUUUUCUAAUGAUUUCACCAUUCAGAAACUCAUUGAGACAAGAACAAGCCAACUGUUUUCUUAUGCAGCUUUCAGUGAUUCCAACAUCAUAACAGUGGUGGUAGACACUGCUCUCUAUAUUGCUAAGCAAAAUAGCCCUGUUGUGGAAGUGUGGGAUAAGAAAACUGAAAAACUCUGUGAACUAAUAGACUGCGUGCACUUUUUAAGGGAGGUAACAGUAAAAGAAAACAAGGAAUCAAAACACAAAAUGUCUUAUUCUGGGAGAGUGAAAACCCUCUGCCUUCAGAAGAACACUGCUCUUUGGAUAGGAACUGGAGGAGGCCAUAUUUUACUCCUGGAUCUUUCAACUCGUCGACUUAUACGUGUAAUUUACAACUUUUGUGAUUCGGUCAGAGUCAUGAUGACAGCACAGCUAGGCAACCUUAAAAAUGUCAUGCUGGUAUUGGGCUACAAUCGGAAAAGUACUGAAGGUACACAACAGCAGAAAGAGAUACAAUCUUGCUUGACUGUUUGGGACAUCAAUCUUCCACAUGAAGUGCAAAAUUUAGAAAAACACAUUGAAGUGAGAAAAGAAUUAGCUGAAAAAAUGAGAGGAACAUCUGUUGAAUAAGAGAGAAAUAGGAAUUGUCUUUGGAUAGGAAAAUUAUUCUCUUCUCUUGUAAAUAUUUAUUUUAAAAAUGUUCACAUGGAAAGGGUACUCACAUUUUUUGAAAUAGCUCAUGUGUAUAAAGGAAUGUUAUUAUUUUUAAUUUAAAUAUAUGUAAAGACACUUACCAGUAAAUGUGUAUUUUAAAGAACUAUUUAAAACACAAUGUUAUAUUUCUUAUAAAUACCAGUUACUUUUGUUCAUUAAUUAAUGAAAAUAAAUCUGUGAAGUACCUAAUUUAAGUACUUAUACUAAAAUUUAUAAGGCCAAUAAUUUUUUGUUUUCUUGUCUGUAAUGGAGGUAAACUUUAUUUUAAAUUCUGUACUUAAGACAGGACUAUUGCUUGUUGAUUUUUCUAGAAAUCUGCACGGUAUAAUGAAAAUAUUGACAGUUUCCCAUGUAAUAUAUUCCUUCUUAGAUUGCAUCGAAAUGCACUAUCAUAUAUGCUUGUAAAUAUUCAAAUGAAUUUGCACUAAUAAAGUCCUUUGUUGGUAUGUGAAUUCUCUUUGUUGCUGUUGCAAACAGUGCAUCUUAUACAACUUCACUCAAUCCAAAAGAAAACUCCAUUAAAAGUACUAAUGAAAAAACAUGACAUACUGUCAAAGUCCUCAUAUCUAGGAAAGACACAGAAACUCGCUUUGUCACAGAAACUCUCUGUGUCUUUCCUAGACAUAAUAGAGUUGUUUUUGAACUCUAUCUUUGAAUGUGGAUACCCUGAAUUUUGUAUUAGUGUAAAUACAGUGUUCAGUCCUACAAGUGAUAUUUUUAUUUUUUUAUUCAUACCACUAGCUACUUGUUUUCUAAUCUGCUUCAUUCUAAUGCUUAUAUUCAUCUUUUCCCUACAUUUGUGGUGCUGCAGAUCCUACAUCAUUCAGAUAGAAACCUUUUUUUUUUUCAGAAUUAUAGAAUUCCACAGCUCCUACCAAGACCAUGAGGACAAAUAUCUAACACUUUUCAGUUGCUGAAGGAGAAAGGAGCUUUAGUUAUGACGGAUAAAAAUAUCUGCCACCCUAGGCUUCCAAAUUAUACUUAAAUUGUUUACAUAGCUUACCACAAUAGAAGUACCAGGGCCAAAUACCUAUGUAAUAAUUUGAGGUCAUUUCUGUUUUAGGAAAAGUACUUUUGGUAAAUUCUUUGGCCCUGACCAAUAUUCAUUAUUUCAGACAAUUCCCUGUGAUAGGACAACUAGUACAUUUAAUAUUAUCAGAACUUAUGGCAUUUUACUAUGUGAAAACUUUAAAUUUAUUUAUAUUAAGGGUAAUCAAAUUCUUAAAGAUGAAAGAUAUUCUGUAUUUUAAAGGAAGCUAUGCUUUAACUUGUUAUGUAAUUAACAAAAAAACAUAUAUAAUAGAGCUCUUUGUUCCAGUGUUAUCUCUUUCAUUGUUACUUUGUAUUUGCAUUUUUUUUACCAAAGACAAAUUUAAAAAAUGAAUACCGUAUUUAAAUGGAAUAAUAAAGUUUUUAAAAGCAUGUUUAUGAAUUUUUAAA